AUGACAGGUCCUGUUAUUCAACCUGCAUUGCUUAACAUACUGAUCCAGUUCCGCACAUAUCCCGUCGCUCUCACUGGUGACAUUUGUAAAAUGUACCGCUGCGUGAAGGUAUCUCCACCUGACAAUUUUCUCCAGUGUAUCCUAUGGCGAGAUUCAAUCCAGUCCGAGGUUCAGGUCUACACAUUAGACACCGUCACAUACGGUACGAGGGCUGCAUCGUUUUUAGCUGUCCGCGAAAUGCACCAGCUGGCCAUCGAUGAGGGUAAUCCCUACCCUCUUGGCUCAGCUGCUCUGCUCUCUAUGUUGAUGAUCUCAUCUCUGGCGGCAAUUCGGUCGCAGAGGUGCUUGAUGGAAUUCCAGAAGACGACGUGGAGAAAUUUCUACGGUUUCAUGAUGGAAGCCAAAACUCUUGGUUUAGCUUGGGACCCUGCGUCGGACCAGCUGCUGUUUGCCUUGUCCGCGAUGGACACGAAUUCAAGGCCCUCCAAGCGGUCGGUUUUGUCAACUAUUGCGCGUUUCUACGACCCUCUUGGAUUGAUUAAUCCUGUUAUUGUCAGGUGCAAGAUCUUUCUUCAGCAGCUUUGGAGAGAACAUUUGGACUGGGAUGAAAGCCUACCGACAGAGCUGCUCUCAACUUGGAUCGACCUGAGAAACAGUUUGGCAAGCAUCUCUCGCAUUUCCUUUCCUCGCGUUGUCCAUCAUUCCAGCACAAUUGUAGAGGUUCAUGGAUUUUGUGAUGCCAGCAUGGAAGCAUAUGGUGCUUGCAUAUAUGUCGUGUCCAGGCAACGGGAGUCGUCGAGCAAUGUUUUGUGCUCAAAAUCUCGAAUAGCGCCACUAAAAUCAUUGUCGAUUCCAAAGCUGGAAUUGAGUGGAGCCCAUUUGCUUGCGAAGGUUAUGCGCAACUUAAAGGAGACGGGAAUUUUCCCAGGUCAGUUUUACUGCUGGUCGGAUUCGUCUACGGCGUCAUCUUGGAUUCGGGAUGAGCCAGCCAAAUUUCAGGUUUUCGUGGCAAAUCGAGUGGCAACAAUUCAGGAGUUGACGCAAGGCAUGGAAUGGCGCCAUGUUCCCACAUUGUUGAAUCCCGCUGAUAUCCUCUCCAGAGGCUCGCUUCCCAGCUACCUCAUCCAGUCAGAGCUGUGGUUUCACGGCCCCUCGUUUUUGUUAGGUUCUAAGGAUGAGUGGCCCGUAUCUGCCGUUUCUGAAACUCCGACCAUUGAGCUUCGCAAGCGUGUAUUGCUGAUCGCGUCUCCACAUGCCGAUCUCACGUCCGGAUGCAAAUUUGCUAAUUCUUUCUUUGGCAUGCAGCGCACAUUCGCCUACAUGCAUAAAUUCGUUCAUCGUCUUAGGCAUCCUGGACUCACGGUUUCUGACAUACAGCAAGGAACGCAUCUUCUUGUUCGACACGUUCAGCUGGCAAGUUUGUGGUCGGACAUAAAGGAGAUUAGACGCAAUGGGAAAGUCAGGAAGUCUAGCUCCAUCAGUUCGCUAUCUCCGUUCAUCGAUCCGUCAGGUUUACUUCGAGUUGGAGGUCGUCUCGGCAACUCAUCGCUCCCGUUUAAUGCUCAGCACCCGCUUAUUUUGCCCAAGGGACAUCCCGUAACAUCUGCAAUGAUAAGCUAUUAUCAUCAACGGAACCUCCAUGCCGGACCUCGCGCCUUGCUUGCUAAAAUUCGAUUAGAAUAUUGGCCUAUUGGAGGAAUCAAAGCCGUCUCGAAAGCGGUUAGCAAGUGUGUAAGAUGCUUCAGGACGAGGCCGCGCAUGGUUGAGCACAUUAUGGGGGACUUGCCUAAGGAGCGUCUGGAAGGAUCGCGGGCCUUCGAAGUAACUGGAGUGGACUAUUGUGGACCCUUUUUCUACCGAUCAGAAAUCCGCACGAGGCCUCCGAUCAAGUGCUACAUAAGCGUGUUUAUUUACUUCACAUCUAAGGCCAUACACAUGGAGCUUCGGGUCACUAAACCGCAGCAGACAUUCUGGAGGCGUUGGCGCGAAGAGUAUCUGACUCUUUUGCAAGAGCGCUCCAAGUGGCGUAAGCCUGCGAAAAACCUCUGCGGCAACGAUGUCGUCUUGGUGAAGGACGAGAAUCUUCCUCCAAUGCGUUGGCCACUGGCUAGAGUAGUCGACGUCGUAAAAGGCAAGGAUUGA